UUAACACCAUUUGAGCUUACACAAUACAAAACACCUCUCUCCCUCUCUCAACUACUCUCAAGCACCGUUCUGCUGGAUUUUCUUGGCAGAAGAUUCAAUGGCUGGUGUAAGGAAGCGAAGUGGGUACUCUAAGAUCGAUAAGGAAGACCCGGAAGAGGUCAUUCAUCGACGAGCACAGUUCUUGGUCUACAAAGUGAUGCAGCAAGCCGAGAAUCGGAGAAGGCCUUCAAAUCUGAGGAUUAGAAUACGGAAACUGAAGGUUAAGUUCGGGAUGAGACUGAAGAAGUUGAGGAAGAGCAUGCUGCUUAGCAUGUCUGCAGCAAGAGUUGUCGUUUACAAACAAGUUUUUAGGCAGUUGAAAACUUGCAGGAGCUUGUUUGGCCGAGGAGAGGAGCCAUUGCCAGCCUUCAACCUUUGUAAACUUGCACUUUGAAUUUGUGCUGUACGUGUUAAACUUUAUUCUCCAUCAUAUUCAGAAAUAUAUACGAGCUUCAUCUUGGUUU